AUGUCUCAAGCAUAUGCACUUACACAAUAUUUUGAUUUAUUUGAUGCUGACGCUCGACGAGCAAAUAUAUCAACAGUUUAUAUUAAUUCUGAAGAUGAACAAGCAUUCAAUGAAUUUAUUCAAAUAAAUAAAGAAAAACAAGGUUAUUAUAAAUUAUUAAAUAUAACUGUACAGAGAAAUGUUGUUUUUGCAUCAUUAACUUGCAUGACAAGAGAAAACGUGGAAAAAUUGUAUUCGAAUUUCUGA